AUGCCGGAGACAUUCAACAAGGACAGCUACAGCAAUAGCAGUACCCAAGGGCCGGGCACUCCGGAGAUCGUGCGAAAGCGCAGGAACAACGUGAACCGGAACAACGCGAAGUGGAACGCGAUUGGGCUGCCAGCGGUCAACGGGGGAGCAGCUGCUUCAGGGGGUGCUGCCACCUCAAACGGGUGCAGCAGGAGCCUUCUCUCCGCCGUCGCGGGUCCCGGGGCCACGCGGAAUGGCCAUGCGGGAGAAAAAAGAGGGGGGGGAGGGGUGCACGGUGGCCAUAACCGGAUCGGAGACGCGUUGGUUCCGCUGGCUGGCCUGGAGGAGAGGUGGCCGGGGCGAAAGCAAGAGAUCUCGGAACUCGCGGGGCUCAUCGGGGAGUCGACGGACGGGGUGCCUGUACCCCCUCUGCUAGUCACGGGGCCCCCGUGCACAGGAAAGACUUCGGUGGUGAGGGCGGUACUGGACCACCGGGGGUGCUCCUACGCGUACGUCAACUGCGCAGAGGUCGUCCAGAGGAGAGAUCUGCUGGAGGUGCUCGUGGAGCAAGUGGCCGGCGGAUCGAGGGAUGACAUCCUCGCGGCCAACAGAGUCGACCGGACCUUCGGGGACGCAUCUACGGAGAACGGCCAGCCGUCGUCAUCAUCAUCAUCAUCGUCAUCAGCAACAGCAACAGCGACCGCAGCACCGGGCACUGCCGAGACGAGCAGGGAGCAAGACCUGGUCCUUGACGCAGAAGCGAGGGGGCAACAAGGCGCUGACCAGGGCUCACGGCAGCAGCAGCAGCAGCAGCAGCAACAGCGGAAGGGCCGAGGCCGUGGGCCGAGGUGCUCCUCCUGGAACGUCUUCUUCCGGCAGAUGGCGGCGCUGCUAGCCCGGCGCAGCCAGGCCUUACUCAACAAGAGCCCCACGACCCCCCCCGCCGCCGCCAGUGGCUGUAGCGGCGGCGGCGGUGGCGGCGGCGGCGACAGGGCGGCUUGCGGUAGCGUUUGCGGCGACGUCGGUGCCGGGGGGGCGGGAGGCGCGGGAAACCAGUGGCGAGGCCAAGACAUCCUGACCAAGCUGGCCAGCCUGCAGGGCAUGGUCGACUCCCUCGCGGGCUUUGCCGAGUCUUACUCGCGUGAAGCGAAGCAAACGCAAAACAUCAAUAAUCGGAUUUGCUCUUGGUGCAGGACUCCCUGA